AUGGCAGCCACUGAAAGUAGAACUGGUGAUAAGAAAAAAGUAGAGAAGGUCCUGAGUGUUGGCUUUUUCCAGCUGUUUCGCUUUGCUACAUGGCUAGAUAUUGUGAUGAUGGUAGUUGGAGGGUUGUGUGCGCUUGUACAUGGUGCUGCCUCUCCUCUCAUGCUGCUAGUCUACAGCAUGAUGACUAACACCUUUGUAGCCUAUGAGCUGGAGAUUCAGGAACUAGCCAAUCCCAACAAAACCUGCAUCAAUAACACUGUCAUCUGGACUAAUGGAACUGUAAUGGUGCAGGAAGAUAACACCACUGUGCAUUGUGGUGUAGAUAUUGAAGGACAGAUGACCAUGUUUGCAUAUUAUUAUGUUGGCAUCGGAGUGGGUGUGCUAAUUCUUAGUUAUUUUCAGAUUGCUCUGUGGGUCUCUGCAGCUGCAAGGCAGACACAAAGAAUCCGAAAAACAUACUUUCGGAAGAUCAUGAGAAUGGAAAUUGGAUGGUUUGACUGCAAUUCUGUUGGAGAGCUCAACACAAGAAUAUCUGAUGAUAUUAACAAAGUCAACAAUGCUAUAGCAGAUCAGGUAGCCAUCUUUACUGAAAGGAUUUCUACAUUUAUAUUUGGUUUUCUGGUGGGUUUUGUUGGAGGAUGGAAGCUGACACUGGUGGUGAUUGCAGUAAGCCCUCUGAUUGGUCUGGCAGCAGGACUCAUGGCCAUGGCAGUUGCGAAGCUGACAGGUCAUGAGUUGCAGGCCUAUGCUAAAGCAGGUGCUAUAGCUGAUGAAGUCCUCUCUUCUAUCAGAACAGUUGCAGCAUUUGGAGGAGAGGAUAAGGAGACAGAAAGAUAUGACAAGAACCUUGAGGAAGCUCAGAACUGGGGUGUGAAGAAAGGAACAAUCAUUGGUGUAUUUCAGGGUUAUCUGUGGUGCAUCAUCUUCCUCUGUUAUGCUCUUGCCUUCUGGUAUGGAUCCAAACUUGUCAUUGAUACUAAGGAGCUCACACCAGGAACCCUCAUCCAGGUGUUCUUUGGUGUCCUUAUGGGGGCCAUGAAUCUGGGUCAAGCAUCUCCAUGUCUGGAGGCUUUCGCUUCGGGUCGUGCUGCAGCCAGAAGCAUCUUUCAAACCAUUGACAGGGUUCCAAAAAUCGAUUGCUUCUCUGAAGAAGGGCACAAGUUAGAGAGAGUGAAAGGUGACAUUGAAUUCCAUAGUGUUGAGUUCAACUAUCCCUCCAGACCGGAUGUAAAGAUUUUAGAUAAUUUACAAUUACUGGUAAAGGCUGGGGAGACUACAGCAUUUGUUGGACCUAGUGGAUCUGGAAAAAGCACAGCAAUCCAACUCAUUCAGAGAUUUUAUGAUCCUCAACAAGGAAUGGUCACCCUGGAUGGCCAUGACAUUAGGAGUCUGAAUAUCCAGUGGCUGCGUUCACUGAUCGGCAUUGUAGAGCAGGAACCGGUUCUCUUUGCCACAACUAUUGCAGAGAACAUCCGCUAUGGUCGACCAGGAGUCAGCAUGGAAGAUGUUAUACAGGCUUCUAAAGAGGCUAAUGCUUAUAACUUUAUCAUGGAUCUGCCACAGAAUUUUGAUACACUGGUUGGAGAGGGUGGAGGUCAGAUGAGUGGUGGGCAAAAGCAGAGAAUUGCAAUUGCUCGAGCACUGGUCAGAAACCCCAAAAUCCUUCUACUGGACAUGGCCACCUCAGCCCUGGAUAAUGAGAGUGAAGCAGUAGUGCAGGAGGCACUAGAUAAGGCCCAUAUAGGCAGAACCACCAUUACAAUUGCUCAUCGUCUGUCUACAAUCCGCAACGCUGAUGUGAUUGUGGGUUUUGAACAUGGCCGUGCAGUGGAAAAGGGCACACACAAAGAAUUACUUGACAGACAGGGAGUCUAUUUUACUCUGGUUACUCUCCAGGAACAAAAAGGCAUAGAUCCUGAAACAGACAAAUGUGAGUAGAUCAUGUACAUGUCUGAGACCAGCAGUCUUGUGGAUGAUAGGAUUGAGCAGAUAACAAGUUUCAACAAAGGAAGUUACGAGUCAAGUUUAAGGCAAUCUUUGCGAAUGAGGUCACAAUCUCAAAUGUCAAACCACUUUAUUGAUGCUAUAUCUGGAGAAAUUAAGUUUGAUUCUCUGAGUAUUGAAAUGAAGAGCCUGAGAGAAGAAACGAAAAGUGAUGAAAUGACAAAGCUGACUGAAUCAGCACCAGUGGUUCGAAUUCUAAAGUACAACCAGCCUGAGUGGCCAUAUAUGUUGCUCGGCUCUUUAGGAGCAGCCAUAAAUGGAUCUGUUAAUCCCAUGUAUGCCCUCUUAUUCAGCCAGAUUAUAGGAACAUUUGCUAUCAGAGACCUGGAUAAACAAAAAGAGCAAAUUGAUGGGAUCUGUGUUCUCUUUGUCUCUGUGGGAGUUAUGAGUUUCUUCUCACAGUUUCUGCAAGGUUAUUCUUUUGCCAAAUCUGGUGAGCUUCUGACUCGCAGACUGAGGAAGAUUGGUUUCCAGGCUAUGCUCAAACAGGAAAUUGGAUGGUUUGAUGAUCCUAUCAACAGCCCUGGAGCCCUUACCACUAGACUAGCUACAGAUGCGUCUAUGGUGCAAGGGGCUACUGGCUCACAGAUUGGCAUGAUUGUAAACUCUCUGACAAACAUUGGAGCCUCAUUUAUCAUUGCAUACUACUUCAGCUGGAAGCUAAGUUUAGUGGUGUCAUGCUUUCUUCCUCUUAUUGGGCUCGCCGGAGUCUUCCAAGCUAAAAUGUUGACUGGCUUUGCAAAUGAGGACAAGAAAGCAAUGGAGGUGGCAGGACAGGUAUCGAGUGAAGCUAUGGCCAACAUUAGGACUAUUGCAGGCCUAGCUAAAGAGAAACAGUUUGUGAAACUUUAUGAGCAGCAGCUGGAGGCACCCUACAAAGCAGCCAAGAAGAAGGCUAACAUCUAUGCUAUCUGCUUUGCCUUUGCGCAAUGUGUUAUCUUCAUGGCAUAUGCAGCCUCAUUUAGAUAUGGUGGAUAUUUGGUUAACUUUGAGGGGCUGCAUUAUGUGGUUGUUUUCAGAGUAAUCAGUGCCCUUGUAAUCAGUGGCACAGCUCUUGGAAGAGCAUCAUCUUUCACUCCAGACUAUGCCAAAGCCAAAACAGCUGCUGCCCAGUUUUUUAAAUUACUUGACAGAGUCCCUAAAAUCAGCAUUCAGGCAGAGGGGAAAACAUGGAAUAACUUUAAGGGCAGGAUCGAGUUCAAAAACUGCAGGUUUACCUAUCCAAGCCGGCCCAGUGUGCAAGUGCUGCAGGGACUUGAGGUGGAAGUGAAUCCUGGCCAGACUCUUGCCUUUGUGGGGAGCAGCGGUUGUGGCAAAAGCACAAGCAUUCAACUCCUAGAAAGAUUCUAUGACCCAGACCACGGCCAAGUGCUGAUAGAUGGACACCAGUCUAAUGAAAUUAAUGUACCCUUCCUGAGAUCUCAGAUUGGAAUUGUUUCUCAGGAGCCUGUGCUUUUUGACUGCACAAUAGCAGAAAACAUCAAAUAUGGAGCUAACUCACAAUCCAUCACCAUGGAAGAGGUCAUAGAGGCAUCAAAAAAAGCUUAUUUGCAUGAUUUUGUGAUAACACUACCAGAUAAAUAUGAAACCCAAGUUGGAGCACAAGGCUCUCAGCUGUCUAGAGGACAGAAGCAACGUAUUGCCAUUGCUCGUGCUAUUAUUAGAAACCCCAAAAUCCUUCUUCUGGAUGAGGCUACCUCAGCCCUAGACACAGAAAGUGAAAAGACAGUUCAGGCAGCGCUGGAUGAAGCUCGAUGUGGCCGUACAUGCAUUGUCAUUGCACACAGGCUCUCCACCAUUCAGACUGCUGAUAUCAUUGCAGUAAUGUCUCAAGGCAUUGUCAUUGAAAAGGGCACACAUGAAGAGCUUAUGUCUAAAAAAGGGGCCUAUCACAAAUUGGUUAUUACAGGCGCUCCCAUAAGUUAA